UAUUUUCCUUUUCAUUUAAACUUAUACUCUCUUUUUAAUUAUACACAUAUUUUAAACUACGAAUAUGUAGAAAAGAAAAGACCGAACAUACGCACUGAUAUUGUCAAUCUUUUUGGUGCCACAAGUGGAUUCUAUUGUUUCCAUUUACAUUUGUAUUAUCAUUUAUAUAUAACUUGAAAUAAUUUUAAGUAUUUGCGGAAAUAAUUUCCUUUCAAUGUAAUAUUUUUGUAUGUAAUAUUUUGUACUAUUAAAUCUGAUAAAACAUUAAUACAUUCCGCAUAACGAAGACGAGACGGAAGUUUAAUCGACUUCGUGCCGAAGGUGAAACGCUGUUUUGAAAAUUAUGGAGUCCGUGAGGGAUCAUUACAAAUUAUUAAACAGAAUGUUAUCACUCGCCGGCCUAUGGCCUUAUCAAAGUAAAAGAACGAGAUUGUUUCGAGUGUGCUUCUUGACUGCGAUUGCUGUUUCGCUGAUCAUUCCACAGAUGGCUCAAAUUAAUCACUGCGACAAAAACUUACGAUGUAUUUUCCUGGCCAUACCGGCGACACUAUUAAUGUUUAUGAUUUUGCUGAAAGUACACACGUGCCAGUUUAAUAUCAGCAAAAUCAAAAAACUCACUAAUCAUCUGCAUGAGGAUUGGGAGAAGCUGGAAAGCGUGAAAGAGUAUGAAAUUAUGAAAACUUAUGCCGCACACGCAAGACUAUUGUCUUUGACAUAUUGCCUAUGUGGUUACGUGGGUGCAUAUUUGUACAUGCUAAUUACCCUCUUACCUCGAAUAUUGAACAUCAUGUUACCUCUCAAUGAAUCCCGGCCGUUAAUAAUGCUUUAUGACGCGUAUUACUUUGUGGACAGCGAAGAAUAUUAUUUCUACAUUUUCAUCCACAAUUUGGUAGGCAUGAGUAUACUUAUGGUGGGCAUACUCGCACACGAUUGCAUGUUUAUAACUUACAUCGAGCAUGUCUGCAGUCUCUUCGCUAUAGCUGGAUUUCAUCUCGAAACUGUAUCAUGUAACGAUCGUAACGAUGCCGCGAAUAAUAGUAGGGACGCUUACAAGACCUAUAAUCGGAAGAUCGCGAUUUCCGUUCAUGUACACUGGCGAGCUAUAUGGGUCGCGGAGCAUCUUGAUGACACCUUCAGUUCUUCUUUCGUCAUACAAAUGAUGAUAACGACCACAAUGAUAAGCAUUACCUUACUACAAAUGGCACUGCAAAUUGAAGAAUUUAUAGUAACAUUAAAGUGUAUGGUAUACGUCAUGGCUCAGUUGAUACAUACAUUCAUCUAUAGUGUACAAGGGCAGAAAUUGAUUGAUCAUAGCACACAACUGCGCGAAAAAAUAUACAACUCUUUCUGGUACGAAAUACCCGUGAAAUCGCAAAAGCUGCUUCUGUUCGUGAUGCGAAGGGGUCUGGAACCCAAUUUUUUGAGCGCCGGUAGGAUUUAUGUCUUCUCUCUAACGAGUUUCACCACGGUUCUGCAAUCUGCAAUAUCAUAUUUUACUGUACUUUCGUCCUUUCAUUGAAUUAAUAGUCAAUAUAUAAUACGGAUAGUAUCUCUUGUACAUCUAUGAUUAUGUCACAGUAAUAGAGAUUAUAGUGGAAGUAGUAGAUUUUUAACUUAUUAAUGGUUGAUAAGUUACCUACCCCAUUAAACUAUAUAUCGUUGUUAAAUAUAAUUUUUAAUCGCAUUGUUUCACGGAUGGAGUCACAAGUUAAGAAGUAACCAGGGAUGGAAGGUGAAGAGAUAAGUAAGAAAUCGUGACAUUCAUUUUAGGUGCUGAAACACGUUCAUUUUUUGUUCAACUUUAAAGGUAAAUUAUGACGCGAUGUAACAAAUAUUAAUAAUGGACUAGGUUUUAUUUGCAUCUAGGGUAUAUGAUACAUAGUAACGUCGUUAGCGCGAGUUGCGAAAACAAGUGAAUUCAAAUCAUGAAUUGAUGAAAUUCGAUUUAAUGUCAAGCAAAAAUCACGCGUUAUUGGUAUCGGUACUGACGGGCACGUCAUAACGCCCGAAACGGUCAUAUACUACACUUGUGAGUGAAUUCUCAAUACUAUUAUUACAAAAAUCAUCAAAGUUAAGCUCAAA